AUGAUGAAUUGUUUUCUUCCCUUACAAAACAGAACCAUCCAACAAAAAGAAGGUUUUUCUCUCAUCCAAUACUAUUUCAACAUCAAUAAUGCAAGUCUUAUGGAGACUCACUCAUACUAUGAUCGUUCUAGUGGUUAUAUCUCUUUACCUCCAACGGUGGAUUUCCCGUAUGUGGUUUGGAAUGAUUUUUGUUUGUCGAAUCAUUCUGAAAAAGAUGCAUUCGAGUGUUGGAAUCGAACCGUUGUCGAUCACAUCAAACUUGUUCAAGGAUUUCCUUCAUUUUCGGUGUUUCUGAACCACAAGACGCAUUUUCAAGAGUUGAAAAAGAAUUAUUGGAGAAAGAAUGAAAAUAAUGAAAUGAAAGCAGUGGUCAUGAAUCAAGAUCUACGGGUUUUACUCAAAGAGGAUGUUCAAAAGAAAGUGAAUUUUGGUCGAAAAUUGUCUUUCAUUGUUGUGACAAUUCUUGCGUUGUUUGCCACCAUCGCUUAUUGCCUCUUUUACAUUGUAAGGAUUUCAGGAAGUACUACACAUGUUUUUUCUUGUUGUUGCGGAUUCAAAGCAAGCCGUACCAAUUGUGAAGAUUUCGAAAUGUGGAAAACUUUUGAUCCUUCUUUCAGGAUUUCCAUCAAUGAAUCAUUUCAGUCCAAAAAGAAAGAUGAAUCAUUCUUUUCAUUCGAAGAGAAAAACAGAAGCUUAGUGAUCAAGUGUUCCUUGCCUUCGCAUGAAUUGGGACCUCAUUUGACAGAUGUUUUUCUUUCCAAUCCAGUCGAUAAGGAAAAGCUAAUUUUGUACGAAAGAGCUGUGAAUAGUUUUGUCAACGCAGGCAGAGGCCCAUUCAAGGUUCGUUUCUUGCUACCAGUCGCCUUACUUCUAAUCAUUUCCUUUUCGAGCUCAAUUAUAAUAUUUACUCUUGCAUUGACUCUUCUAAAAACAAUGUUGUUUACAAUCAUUGGACUUUUUGGAUUGGUUAUGGUCUUUUCAAUUUUAUACUUUCUUUACAAAUUCGAGUGCUCUGGAAUGCAUUAUUUUGUGACAAAUCACAGACUUGUCAUUGUUGAAAGUAUGAGCGAUUGUUAUAAUAUUUAUUAUAUCAUGCUUCAAGAUAUUGAAAGAGUUUGGAUGAAUGAAGAUGACAAGUUGAUGGCUGAAAUUCAUGAUGAAAAACAUGGUUUUGUGAAAGGUGUGCUUCUUGAACGUGUUUCUGAUCAUCAAUUUUAUUUGAAUGCUCUUUCCAAUUAG